GAUUCUUGAUGACCGUGCUGGAGAAAGAGGAGGUUUGUGUACUCACCGGAGUGACGCGGCGCCCUGGGGGACUUGUCGGGACUCUUGAUGCACACCCUGAAAUAAAGCAGAGGUGCGUCGUCUUCUCAGCAAGGCUCUCCUCAAGGACCACAGGACGGAGAGGCAAAGUGGAGGCGAGGAAGAGAUGACGGAAGAGGAGGGGAGGGAAAGUGAAGGCUGCUCCCCGUUUGCCAAAAUUAACCCCGUCAGGAGGUUGUGCAGAUUGGUGAAUAUGCAGGCGGCCGGGACAGGAGUGGACUGCGUGGUGGUGUGUCCCGCCGUGCUGAGACAAGUGUGCAGUCAGAUGCGUCUCUCGAAAAGUGGUCGCGGCGUGCAGUGGUCACUGGCAUCCCUGGCGACAGUGAAGAGGCUGUUGGUGACGCGCCCUUACUGGAGUCGGUGCCUGUGUGGGUCGAAUGAGGUGCCAAGUGUCGGGGAAAAGGAGGUGGCGCCGCUGCUCUCCCUCACACCCUCGCACCGCUUCGUCGUCUUCAUCGUCACUAGUUCCAGCGAGAGCUUGGGAUCGGUGGUGGUGGGCGGGGAGUCACUCAUCCAGGCUGUGUAUAGGGCCCAGAACCUGCCGGGCUUGCGGCCGUGCCUCCAAAGUCCCAGUGAGCCAUCUCUCGCCUUCGUCAAGUAUGACAUGACCAAAGGAAGAAUGAGGCGCAGGGAGCACAGCAGGGGAGUGGCGCCAACUCUCCUCAACGGUGGCCACAUUAAGAUCGGUAUGAUUCUGAUCUAUCAACAAACAAGGAUGCUCUACUCAGGUUUUCCACUGGACAGUUACGGGUGCAGCAAGCAGGACUUUCUGAAGUUUGUAUCAAAAUGUACCCAGCACACUUUUCUUCUCAAAAUCCCUGGCCCCCCAUCACCGCAGCUUUCCCGAGACUCGUCCUUUGAAGAGCAGGAAGACGUGGCAGCUCAUUCUGAUGCCCAGGAAGAGUCAACAUUCAGCAAUCCAGCCGCAGAUGAAUGAACACAUAUUCUUCCUCUAGACUUGCCAUCCUAGGGGGGAGACAUGGCAGCCAGGAGCUCUGAGUAUUCCAGUGCAUAAGACAAGAGGAACUCCACCUUCUUGAUAACUGCCUUGACCAUGGGUAGUGUAGUUAUUUUGAGUUCCACCUGAGUGUUUUCUUCUGGAAAUGUAGAGGGCUGUCUUGCAGGUGUUGAGGAGGACGUGUAUCUCAGAGAGGGCUGCUCGUAUGUAGUAGGUCUUGUUACUCGAGGUUGGACCUUGCAGGAUCUUCCACACAUCCCUUCUUACUGUGUUUGCAAACUCUUCACUCUCUUGAAGCCACAAGUGCUGAAGUGAAGCCAAUGCAGCCUCCUCAUAGGAUGCACCAGAGGCCAGGACAGAAGACAGGGUAAGGAUGGCCUCAGUGGCAUCUUGGCUGCUGUCCUGGUGGUCACCAUUGAAGAGCCGCACUGUCCACACAUAAGCUGCCAGUACGUUGAGGAUGUUGUAGGGAAGGCAAGGGGAUGGAGUAACCUUCUGCAGGAAUGGCAAACAAGAAUGCUUGCACCAGACAAUGGAUGUUGAUGUAGGUACCAAUCCCAAGUGUUCCACAAUCAUCAAGGGACACUGGGAAUAAAACAGGAAACCAGAAAAUCUCAACACAUCUCCAGGAAACAGGAAAUUACCGUAAGUUCACUCAGUGGGGGAACCUCCACAAUAUCAGGGCAAUUGACGGUGUAUGAAGGAGAGGUAGGGGAGCCUGAGGUAAUUUCCUGUACUAGCUGCACCUCCUGAUCCCACCAUGCACUCCAGGCAGGGAUUAGCUCCUCAAAGUUUCCCUUCUUGACCAGCUUUUGGAAAUCCUGCCGCUCCUCUUCUGUCAUGUUCCUCCACACAGCCUCACUGUCGUUCAAGUCGAUCCCUGCGGGUUUGAUUUAUUUGUUACGAUUUGUUAUCAACCAACUGUAAUAAAAAAAAUAAUAAGGAAAGCAUA